GAACAACUCACAGGACAGGAUGUGAAUGUGCAGACAAAGUGAAUCCAGUCUUUGUCUUCUGAGUCUGCUCUUCACCAAAACACCAGAGACGCACCUGUCCAACACAGCCAUGUCUUCUGCCAGGGGUGUGCACUCUGAGGAUCAGUUUCUGUGUUCCAUCUGUCUGGAUGUGUUUACUGAUCCAGUCACCACACCAUGUGGACACAACUUCUGUAAGAACUGCAUCACACAGCACUGGGAUGUUAAUGUUCAGAACCAGUGUCCAUUGUGUAAUGAGGCCUUCAACACAAGACCUAACCUGCGGAUCAACACCUUCAUAUCAGAGAUGGUGGCUGAGUUCAGACAGUCAAGAGAAACGAAAACCAAACAGAGCCGCUGCUCAGGGCAACAAACUUCCAAAGCAGGUGAAGUUCUAUGUGACAUAUGCACUGAGACCAAACUGAAGGCUCUCAAGUCCUGCCUCAUGUGUCUGAGCUCCUACUGUGAGACUCACCUGGAGGUUCAUCAGAAAAUCACUCUGACAAGACAUCAGCUGAUCGAUCCAGUGGAGAACCUGGAGGACAGAAUGUGUAAGAGACACGACAGACCUCUGGAGCUGUUCUGCAAGACUGACCAGGUCUGUGUGUGUCAGUUCUGUACAGAAUCUCAUCAUAAGUCACACGUCUUCACUCCUCUGGAAGAAGAAUAUGAAGAAAAGAAGGCAGAGCUGGAGAAAACAGAGGCUGAACUUCAGCAGAUGAUCCAGGACAGACAAGUGAAGGCUGAGAAGAUCAAACAGUUGGUGAGACUCAGUAAAGACGACGCAGAGAAAGAGAUAGAAACCAGUGUUCAGCUCUUCACUGCUCUGAUACAGUCUGCUGAGAGAAGCCUGACUCAGCUCAUUGACACCAUAGAAGAGAAGCAGAAAGAGAUGGAGACAAAAGCUGAAGGUUUCAUCACAGAAAUGGAAGAGGAAAUAUCUGAGCUGGUGAAGACAAGAGCUAAGGUAGAUCAGCUCAUACAAACUGAAGACCCCCUCCAGCUUCUCCAAAGCCUCCCACACCUGAACACUGUUCCACAUAUGAAGGACUGGAAAGAGGUCCACGUCCACUUGUCGUAUGAGGGGACUGUGAGGACGGCUGUGGCCCAGCUGGAGGAGACAUUCAGUACAGAGAUGAAGAAGCUGGCUGAGGCUGAGCUGAAGAGGGUUCAACAGUUUGCAGUGGAUGUGACUCUGGAUCCUGACACUGCCAGUCCCUAUCUCAUCCUGUCCGAUGAUGGGAAACAAGUGAAAAGUAGUGUUAUUAAAAUGAAUGUCCCAGACAAUCCUCUGAGAUUUACCUAUUGUAAUGGUGUUUUAGGAAAGCCAAGUAUCUUGUCAAGAGUUUAUUUUGAAGUUGACGUUAAAGGGAAAACAGAGUGGGAUUUAGGUGUAGCUACAGAGUCAGUCAACAGAGGUGGUAAAAUCAGAUUGUCCCCCAAAAAUGGCUUCUGGACUAUCUGGUUAAGGAAUGGAAACCAGUACAGAGCUCUUGCUGGUCCUAGUGUUCUUCUCUCUCUGAAAUCACAGCUUCAUAAAGUGGGGAUGUUUGUGGAUUAUGACAGGGGUGUGGUUUCCUUUUAUGAUGCAGAUACCACUGAUCUCAUUUACUCCUUCACUGGCUGUAACUUCACAGAGAAACUCUACCCGUACUUCAGUCCCUGUAAUAUUGAUGGUGGUAAAAAUUCUGCCCCAUUAACUAUCAUCACUUAGUGUCUGGGAGAUUGGUAAGAGUUUAGCUCCAUCUGUUAUUUAGAAGACCUGACUCUUGUUACCCUGACCAAAUAUGACAAGUAAAAAUUUUUGGAGGCCAUGUUUAUGAUUAAGAGUUAGAGUGUUAUUUUAUCUGCCUUAUCUGACAACAAACUAAAGCAAAUCACCACAUUUCCAAGAUGAAAAACUUGACUGUAACUAAUUCAUAAAGAGUUAGUAUUUUCCAGGCUUGGCCACUUUUUACCAGAGGUGAUUUCUCAUAGACUGCAGGGGAAGCUUGGCUUCCCCUAAAAUUACGAAAAUUAAAUGGUCAAAUAUGUACGGUUGUGUUGACAUUUCAUUAACUAUAAAUGUGUUAGAAUACGUUCAUCUCAAGACGUGUUUGUUCAGAAUCAGCUUUAUCACAAAUCAACAGGUUCGAUGUUGUUCACUUCUCAUACAUUCCCGUUGCGCUGUUUUUUCAUAUGAUCUGUGGUUAAUGCAUUUGCCCGGAGAAGCCUGGUGUCCAUGCACUUCAGUGGGACUAAGUGGAACGGUUUUUUUCACUGCCUCAAAACUGGACGGUAAUUGGAUAAAUGCAACAAUGUUGUCCCGCCCUCGGACACUCAGCGUCUCUGGGGGUG